AUGCGCUCCCCCACCAACACCAUACUCACCGGCCUUGCUGUGGCCGAUCUCUUAGUAAUGGUCCAUUACGUCCCUUUUACUAUACAUAGGAACUUACCGCCCUCUCCCCUGCAUUUCACGCAUUUCAGUUACGGUUGGGCGGUAUUUUACAAGUACCACUCCCUGUUCACUUUGGUUCUUCAUUUUAUCUCUUGCACCCUCACUGUAGUGCUGGCCAUUUGGCGGUACGUCUUUGUCACUCAGGUGCACACCAACCGGGUGUGCUCUAGUCAAAAGAAAACCGUGAUGGUGGUACUGAUCAGUUAUACGGUCUGCCCCAUCACAUGCAUCCCAAUAUUAUCCACCAUCAAUAUUCUUGCUUAUUCGCAAGCGUGUGACUUAAAUGGAUUUAUCGUGGAUAAGUCCACGCGCUACUUGUACAACGAUUCGCAAAUAAUUCAUGAAAACAUUUACCUGCUUUAUCCCGAUGACCCAUACAAUCUGAGCCUCUGGCUUUACACCGUUGUUCUGAAGUUCGUGCCGUGUCUCCUCCUCACGUUACUCUCGUACAAAAUCAUUUCCGCCCUGGUGGAGGCGCAAAGGCGAAGGGCGAAUUUGCUGGGAGGAAACAACGCGGAGGAACGGAGUAGGGCCAAAAUGAACGCGAUCCAUCUGUUCAAAGAAAACCAAGCGGACAGGACCACGAAGAUGCUGUUGGCCGUUUUAAUACUGUUUUUGCUAACAGAAUUCCCGCAGGGCAUUUUGGGGCUGAUCAGCGCUAUUUUAGGUGGGAAGUUUCUUGAGGAGUGCUACGCCCCAUUGGAACAACCGAUCACGAUAAGAUCAUCUAUAUACAAAAAAGGCUCUAUCAGGGGUAAUGCCGGCGAAUGCCAUUGA